UACAUUUAACAAAUGAUUGUUGAUGAACAUUGUUAUGUUUUUAUAAUUAAAUUCUAUGGAUAUAUAUUUUUAUCCAAUGCCAAUUAGUGAUUACAGUCUACAGAUGAAGCAGUUUAGUAUUCAUAUUUCGUAUGAAAAAAAAAAUAAUUGUAUCUCUGUAGCUCUUUUAGAAAGUUGUACUUUUAUAUGUAAAAUGAUACAGUUUAAUGUAAAGAGAUAUACAGACCGUCAUACCAGCAAUACAAUAUAAAAAAAUAAUCAAUGUUAAAUACGAUUAAGCAUAUUUUAAAACCAAAAACAUUCAUGCUGUGGAUUUUAUUAUUCGUAGUAAUAAUAUGGACUUACACAUAUAAUUCGUUGACUACAUUCGAUUUGAUUCUCAGUGAACCACGUACAUCCAUCUUAGACUACGAUAAUUCGGGAUAUUUAAUUAACACAUCAGGAUGUCGAAUCCCAGAGAUGUAUUUGAAAGGAUCUGAAGUAGUAAAAUAUAUCAAUCCAAACAUAAGACUAAAUUGCAAAACGACAUGGAAUUAUACUUUGCCAUUAAUUACCUCAAACUUAACAUCUCUAAUAUUGAAUAUGAGUGCAUGGGCUACUUUAAAUAUCAGUGAGAAAGAUACAAAUUUCAAAUGUUAUUAUACUCCAGUAGAAAGAUCAGCAUAUGAAAGCCAUCAAGAUGCUAAAGAAUAUAACGAUAAUAACGUGAAACUUGGCGAGAAAAUAUAUUUUGUAAACAAUAUAACAGUUCCAGACGAAAUGGUUGAAGUAGUAUGUACUUUAAAUUCAAAUAUAAUUUACAAAUAUUAUCAUAUAUUCAUACGCCCAACUUCAUCUGUAAUCAAUCGAAAAGACGGAGAUGUAAGUGUAUUAGUUUUGGGUUUAGAUUCAGUAUCUCGUAUGAACUUUCAUCGUCACAUGCCAAAAACCAGUGCAUUCCUAUCUAAAAUUGGCACUGUAGAAAUGUUAGGUUAUAAUAAAGUUGAGGAUAACACGUUUCCAAAUGUAAUUCCUGUACUAAGCGGAAUGUCAAUAGAAGAGUUGAAAAUAAGUUGUUGGCCUAAAUAUGAAGACUUUUUUGACAAGUGUCAUUUUGUUUGGAAUGAUUAUAAAAAUGCUAAUUUUAGCACAUCUUUUGUAGAGGAUAGUCCUAUAAUUGGAAUGUUCAAUUAUUUAAAAUCUGGAUUUUUAAAAAAACCCACAGACUAUUAUUUAAGACCUAUCAUGUUACAGGCUGAAAAAAACUUAGGACACGAAACUAUUGGAAACACAAUAGGUUGUAUUGGCCCUCAGUUGGGUAUGACCAUGUUGCUUGAUUAUGCUUUUAAAAUUGCAUUAUCUUUGACUAAUCACUUAUACAUGAAUGUAUUUUGGACGACGAGCCUAACGCACGAUUACCUAGAGUAUCCGAAAUUUGGUGACGAUGAUUUAAGGAAUUUUUUUGAUGUGUUUAAUAAAUCUGGUGAACUUAACAAAACGGUUGUCGUACUAAUGAGUGAUCACGGAAUAAGGUGGGGAUCCUUUAGAGACACUUACCAGGGUAGUUUAGAAGAUAAACUACCCAUGUUGAAAUUCAUCAUACCAGAAUGGUUUCAAAAUAUGUAUCCCAGCGCAAUGAAAAAUUUGAAAAAAAACACAAUUCGCCUUACAACACCGUAUGAUUUACACGAGACGCUAUUGGAGUUCAUCAACACAAAACAGCUUGAUGACAAUUCAAUUGAGAGACGAACGAAAAUGAAUAAAAAUAAAAAUAAAAGAGGUACAAGUCUGUUUCUUGAGAUUCCAGAAAAUAAAACUUGCGAAACAGCUGGAAUACCCAAAAACUAUUGUGCGUGCCACGAAAAGAGGAUGGAAUUAUCGGUAGACGAUUUAAACGUCGUUGAAGCGGCAAAAAUAUUAAUGCUAUAUGUAAAUUCAAAAUUAUCGAUGUAUACACUUUGCGCAUAUCUAACGCUGUAUGAGAUCCAUAAAGCGUCUGUAGAAAUGGGAAAACAUAACUCUUCAGUGAAAGAUUACGAGAUACAAGUAACUACGGUUCCUGGAUAUGCAAAAUUCGAAGCAACAUUAAGGCAACAUAACGGUAAUUUUAAAAUGGUAGGUUCAGUAAGUAGAUUAAAUGUAUAUGGUAAUCAAAGUAUUUGUGUAAAUGAUGCUAAAAUUAAGUUAUUAUGUUAUUGUAUACAUUAAACUCAAUCAAAAACUUUUAAGUCAUAAUAUGCCAAAUUCAUAUCACUAUAACAAUAUACUCGUAAUAUGAACCAUAAAUAGGUAUCUUGUAAUAAUAAUUAGA